AUGGAAAAGGGUGAAGAUAAUACGGAAUUAGGAAUUGAGGCUGAUGUGAACUUGACAGGUUCAGCAUUGAUCGAUAACAAUAGUAAACAAUCAGAGGAGGCCCAGAAUAUCAAUACUGAACUUCCUCCCACACCUUCACGAGAUGAUCCUGAACUUAAGCCGACUACUCCAAAUAUCUCUCAGGAUAAUAGUGAUUUACCAUCGUUAUCAGACAUGGAGAAACACAAUCCAAAUGCCCCAUUAAACCCUCCUAAUCCAAGGAAACGAGCUAGGGAAGCAAAAUCUGUUUUACUAAAGCCGUUCAAGAGCCCUCUUAAAUAUCCCGCGACACCGAAAUCAACUCCUGGAACUUCAAAAGUAAGUAAUUAUACAUCCGAUGAGUUGAAAUCGUCUGAUGAAGUUUCAUCUGAUCCCGUCUCAUCACCUUCCCGCCCUCCUCCAAGAGUAAUUAAACGAGCAAAAAAGACUUUUCGCUCCCCAGUAUCUUCUGGUAGUAAAGUACAAAGUGAUCCUGAAGUUGCGCGUCUUCUAUCAGAGCGUCUAAUACUCGAAAAGGAUGUACGCAACCUUCAGGAACAAUUAACAACGGCUGAAACCGCGAAAAAAGUGGAAUCUAAAAAUGAAGAUAAAGAUUUGGAGGCUUUAGUAUAUAAGUGGAGGGGUGUGGCCCAAAGAGCAGCACAGGUUCUGUAUCAACCUAUGGCAGAGCGUAUCCGUUUAGCUGGUGGAGUUAUGCAAAAAUAUACUAUUCAAGAAGGUGAGGAUGCAGGACAAAUAGAAGAAAAACGCACUGAGUUUACAAUGGGAAUGUUUUUACAUCAAUUUGGCGUGCCUUUUGAUUUAAUUGCUUACGACGAAGAAUUGGAGGAUUGGAAGAAUUGA